GAAGUGCCGCGCUGCCUCUCUCCAGCUGGUUGUCAUUUCGAUCGGAGGCUCGGUCUUGUGGAGACGACGACGGUGGCGGCUGAGGCGGCCGGGCCGGAGUGGCGAACCGGCGGAUCGACGGAGUAGUCCAGAGCCUCGUGACUAUACACAGGACCCACCCCCUCCUCCCGCCAGAAAAACGAUUGUUUUACAUGAGGGGAAAAGAACGACGCCGGGAGGAGCCAAGGCGGAGGAGAAGCAGCAGCCGCCGCCGCAGCAGCAGCCCCGGAGCAUCGGCAACGGGAGGAAAGGCAGGACCCCUGGGAACCGCCACCGCCGCCUUCCUCGCCUCUUCUUUAGGAGCCAGGAUUGAUACCGCCCCUCCCUGCUCUUUCGCCAGUAAGCGAUCCUCGUGACCCUCCUCCCUUGAGAAACCGGCUCCCAUGGGGGAGAGAGGAGUCCGACCCACCGCCAGAGUUAUCCCUUCCCCGCCGGAGACUGCUUCCCUCCUGAGGCAGCCAGGAUUCAUCUGAAGGACACACAAAUAUCGGAUCAUAAUAGGAGGCGAGCUCGGAAAAGCAGCAACCAGGAACCCACCCAACCACCACCACCAGCAGCAAGAAUCCACCCUCCUGCACAACUCAAUCCCUACACAUACACAUAGCACACACUGAAUGCUGAUAUCUAGAGAUUAAAAAGGAACAAAUCUUCACACCCUUCCCCCUCCUUUAUAUGGAAAAGACUUGUCAGAAGGGUAUCCGCAUAGAGCAUAUUAUACAUAUAGUCCUACAAGGCAAAAGCAGUAGCAGCACAGGUGGGGGAGGGGGGGAGCUCUCCUAUAUAACUUGCUUCUCCAUUGAAAACGUGAGGUAAAAUCUUUACAUUUUUAGCAGCAAAGACUGUUAGAAUAGGACACAGAUAUAUAUUAGAUUAUAUAGAAUGUAUUAAAUUAUUCCAGAUUUAAAUAUAUUUUUGGAGCUGUGAAGGAGUGAGGCAUACCAGAUGUUAUGGUAUCUUUUCCAUUAAUGUGUACAUGGGCAGGUUGAAGCGGCUGAUAAGGCAAAAAAGGUUUUUUUGAAAUCUUUUAUUUUUUAAUUCCCAGGAGCUUUCUUUCAUCCCCACUUCAUUCUUGUGCAUUUCCUUUUAGGAAAAGGAAACCUCUUGUUUUGUUAACCAAAGAUUUACUUUCUAUUCCUUCUGGAUUGUGGAAGGAAGUCAAUACAAGUUGACCCAUGUCAAUAUUUUAAGUGAUCUCAUUAGUAAGUAUCCAGGAAUAAUAUCCAGAUUGGAUAUCUCAAGUAGGUAGUUGGGAAAGAAAGGGUGAAAGAUCUAUAGUAAAAGAUAGUUUCAAUUAUCUUGCUUUAUUAGACAAACAAAAACAUUUCAAGGUUUUGGUUUUUCUUCAUUCCAGGUGGAAUUAAAAUCCUAAUUAAAAUAAAUGGGGGAUUACGGGUUUGGCGUGUUAGUGCAAAACAACACUGGGAAUAAGUCAGCUUUUCCAGUCAGAUUUCAUCCACAUCUGCAGCCUCCACACCACCAUCAAAAUGCAGCCCCCAGCCCUGCUGCUUUUAUAAAUAACACAGCUGCCAAUGGCAGUAGUGCUGGGUCAGCUUGGCUCUUUCCUGCUCCAGCUGCCCGUAACAUUCAGGAUGAGAUUCUGGGGUCAGAAAAAUCUAAAACUCAGCAACAGGAAAAGCAAGACUCCCUAGAAAAACAGCAGCUUUCCCCUAAUCAAAGUCAGGAAGCAGGCAUGCUGCCUGAAUCAGAGAAAGCUAAAUCUGAAGAAAGCCAGGGGGAUAAUUCUUCUGAAAAUGGCAAUGGGAAAGAGAAAAUAAGAAUAGAAUCGCCAGUGUUAACAGGAUUUGAUUAUCAAGAGGCUACAGGGCUGGGUACUUCAAGCCAGCCCUUGACAUCUUCUGCAUCUUCUCUGACUGGUUUCAGUAACUGGUCAGCAGCUAUAGCUCCUUCUUCUUCAACAAUAAUCAAUGAAGAUGCGAGUUUCUUUCACCAGGGAGGGGUUCCUCCUGCUUCAGCUAAUAAUGGUGCUCUGCUGUUUCAGAAUUUUCCACAUCAUGUCAGUCCUGGUUUUGGGGGUAGUUUUUCCCCUCAGAUUGGACCCCUCUCUCAGCACCACCCUCAUCACCCUCAUUUUCAGCAUCAUCACAAUCAGCAUCAACAACAGAGAAGGUCUCCUGCAAGCCCUCAUCCACCUCCAUUUACGCAUAGAAAUGCUGCUUUUAAUCAACUGCCUCAUCUUGCUAAUAAUCUUAACAAACCACCUUCUCCAUGGAGCAGCUACCAAAGCCCAUCACCUACACCAUCUUCUUCAUGGAGUCCUGGUGGAGGUGGUGGAUAUGGUGGGUGGGGAGGGUCCCAGGGGCGAGACCACCGGAGGGGACUGAAUGGAGGAAUAACACCCCUGAACUCCAUCUCACCCCUGAAGAAGAAUUUCCCAAGUAAUCAUAUCCAGUUGCAGAAGUAUGCACGGCCCAGCUCCGCUUUUGCUCCAAAAUCUUGGAUGGAAGACAGUUUGAACAGAGCUGACAAUAUCUUUCCUUUUCAGGAUCGUACCAGAACUUUUGACAUGCAUUCACUGGAGAACUCGCUAAUUGACAUAAUGAGAGCUGAAAGUGAUUCACUGAAAGGCCAGUCUUCACUGUUCCCAAUGGAAGAUGGGUUUCUGGAUGAUGGACGUGGGGAUCAGACUCUCCAUAGUGGUUUAGGAUCACCACACUGCUUUUCCCACCAGAAUGGCGAGCGAGUGGAACGGUACUCCCGCAAGGUGUUUGUAGGUGGUUUGCCACCCGAUAUUGAUGAAGAUGAGAUCACAGCUAGCUUUCGCCGCUUUGGCCCGUUGAUUGUGGAUUGGCCUCACAAGGCUGAAAGCAAGUCCUAUUUUCCUCCUAAAGGGUAUGCAUUUUUGCUGUUCCAAGAUGAAAGCUCUGUACAGGCUCUGAUUGACGCAUGUAUUGAAGAGGAUGGAAAACUUUACCUGUGUGUUUCCAGUCCCACAAUUAAAGACAAACCAGUUCAGAUCCGGCCUUGGAAUCUUAGCGACAGUGACUUUGUGAUGGAUGGCUCCCAGCCUCUAGAUCCACGGAAAACCAUUUUUGUAGGAGGAGUUCCACGACCCUUACGAGCAGUGGAGCUUGCAAUGAUAAUGGACCGGCUGUACGGAGGAGUUUGCUAUGCUGGAAUUGACACAGAUCCUGAGCUGAAGUACCCCAAAGGAGCUGGGCGUGUUGCAUUUUCUAAUCAACAGAGUUAUAUAGCUGCUAUCAGUGCCCGCUUUGUUCAGCUGCAACAUGGAGAAAUUGAUAAACGGGUGGAAGUUAAGCCAUAUGUCUUGGAUGAUCAGCUGUGUGAUGAAUGUCAGGGGGCCCGUUGUGGUGGAAAAUUUGCUCCAUUUUUCUGUGCUAACGUUACCUGUCUGCAGUAUUACUGUGAAUAUUGCUGGGCUGCUAUCCAUUCACGCGCUGGCAGGGAAUUCCACAAGCCCCUGGUGAAAGAGGGAGGAGAUCGCCCGAGACAUAUUUCAUUCCGGUGGAACUAAGUGGUUACUGCAGCGUGUUCAUAUGCAGGCCUCAAAAUAAGUGCACUCUUCUGUUAUCCUGAUUCCCAUGCCCUCCCUUCCUCGUCUCUCUUAAUCAAGAUAGCAUGUCCUACUGUUGUAGUCUGUAACUUAACAAUAGUGUAACAAAAGAAUGACCUAUAAUCAUAUAGGUAUUUUGUAGAAACUUGUCAUUAAACUGUAUUGGGAACUCCUAUUCAAAUGGAUAACACAGUGCAUGGAAGCCAGGUUCUCUUACCUUUAGUUACCCAGAGGACACUGCUUUCCUGCUCUCUUUUCUUGAAGGAAGAGAGAACAAUUUUAAGAGAAGAUAAAUGAAACAAUAGAGUAUUUUGUUUUUUAAUUAAAUUAUUGCUAAUAACAAAAUCAAUAGAAUACUUUUAUUAAAGUAAUCAUGAGAUAGGAACACUAUGAAUCUAUUCUGACACUUUGUCCAACCCACCCUUCCCUUCUCCUCUUUCCCUACCCAAACCUCUGGGAAGCCUGUUUUCUUGCCGCCUAUGAUUUUAUAGCAAUGGAAACAGUUAGCCGUUAACCUAGUAACAGGAAAGAGCAUGUUUAAAGCAACAAAAAUGCAUGAACAAGGUUUAAAGCAGCGUUAAGUUAAAAUUUUUAUUUAAGGGAUCCGAAGCUAUUUUUUUAGCACAGUACGUGUGUCUCACCGUGCCUCCAACUUCCCACCACAUUCAAACUUUUACUAAUUGAGUAGGCAGAGCUUAGAUCUGUGUUCUUCAUCCAAGCAAUCACAUUUUAAAAGUUCCCGAAUGUAAAUCCUGGGUCAAUUUAUUACUAG